CAGGACGCACGGAGGACGCGCGUAAAACCAACCGAGCUGCUCCGUCUCAGAGAAAACUCCUCCAUCGUGCAGCGCAGUGAAGCUGGGACUUUCCCUAUCGUACCGGUGCGGUUCUUUGUCUUGAACUUGUCAAAAAUCGGGGUUCUAUUGUCUGCAGUGACGCGGGGGUGUGUUUCCUAUGAUGCUCGGACAUCAGAGGAGUGUUUGCUCCACGCUUUGGAUGCACAAUGUGAGGGUUUGUGAGUGGAUAAAUAAGGACGCUGCGUAAAGGAGAAGUUCCAGUAAAGCACGUUAAAAAUGUCCUUGAGAAGCGGAAUGGGGCCGAAAUCUACGCUCAUCCUCAUCGCUUUGUUGGGGUGGGCUAAAUGUUCGUCUCUCCACCACUCAGACAGUCGGUCCAGCCGUCUCUCUAUGGAGAAAACCUUCGGCCGGUUGGUCAAAGACUCGCAGUGCCAGCACAUGUUGAAGCACCUUCACAAUGGAGCCAGAAUCACUGUGCAGAUGCCUCCAAACGUGGAGGGUCACUGGGUGUCCACCAGCUGUGAGGUGAGACCUGGCCCGGAGUUCCUGACACGCUCCUACAGGUUUUACUCCAACAACACCUUCCAGGCUCACCAGUUCUACUAUGAGGACAACCACUGCACCAGACCCUCCUACACGCUGGUGAUCCGGGGUCGUCUGCGUCUACGACAGGCCUCCUGGAUCAUCCGAGGCGGCACUGAGGCCGAGUACCACCUCCACAGAGUCCAGAUGGUUUGUCACACAGCCACAGUGGCCAAAGAGCUCAGCCAGAGGCUCAACCGUAGCUGCAGAGGGGCCGUGAAGGGCCCCUGGGAGCCUAACGUGAUCUACGAGCUGUGGAGUGAGGAGGGAGGCUAUGACUGCUCCAGGGAGCUGAACUUUGCUAUGCAUGAGCUGCAGCUGCUGAGGGUGGAGAAGCAGUACCUGCAUCACAACCUGGAUCACCUGGUGGAGGAGCUGUUUCUGGGCGACAUCCACACAGAGCCAUCACAGAGGCUGUACUACAAACCGUCAAGCUACCAGACUGCCCUGCAAAAUGCCAAGAACCACGACCACAGUUGCAUUGCCUGUCGCAUCAUCUUCCGCUCAGACGAGCUCCACCCUCCCAUCCUGCCUCCGCGGGCCGACCUGACCGUGGGGCUGUACGGUCAGUGGGUGAGUCAGCGCUGUGAGGUCCGUCCUGAGGUCCUUUUCCUCACCCGGCACUUCAUCUUCCACGAUAAGAACCACACCUGGGAAGGUCACUACUACCACUACUCUGACCCCGUCUGUAAACACCCCACCUUCACAAUUUACGCCCGGGGACGCUACAGCAGGGGGCUUCACUCCACCAGAGUCAUGGGAGGGACCGACUUUGUCUUCAAAGUGAACCACAUGAGAGUAACCCCCAUGGACUUAGCCACCACUUCCCUUCUCAAUGUCUUCAACGGUAACGAGUGUGGGGUUCAGGGCUCGUGGCAGGUUGGGGUUGAGCAGGACGUCACAGUGACAAAUGGAUGCGUUGCGUUGGGCAUCCGUCUUCCGCACACGGAGUACGAACUCUUCCGUAUGGAGCAGGACGCACACGGACGCUACCUGCUCUACAACGGCCAGCGUCCCAGUGACGGCUCCAGCCCGAACCAGCCGGAGAAGCGGGCCACGUCGUACCAGAUGCCGCUCGUUCAGUGUUCAGCCAACAGCCACGUCUCUGACUUCAGCAGAGCAGACGGUGGCGACAGGUCUCACUCUCACCACAAUGACUGCACAGGAUGGCACAGUGGCAGCCACAAACACCUCAUGUUUACUGCCAUUGCAUUUGUCACAUCUUUGCUUCUCUGCUGGCAAAGCUAGAGAGAAGUUUUUCUACUUAAAGACAAGUUUGAUUUGAAACAGGAAGAACAGAAAGAUAAGACUCCUGGGAUGUGAUAGAGGAUGAAAACUGGUGCCUACGAUCCUCUGAAACUUCUCUGAUCUACCAAAGACUUGACACUGCUGCACCACAGAAACUGCACUUUAAAGUGGAACCAAAGACAAACCAGCCUGCGUUUCCACAAAUACACAAAGAUGUCGAUAUAUAAGACGGACCUGAAAGGAUGUUUUAUACAACAUAUUUACCUAAAAUCAUCAAGUCUUUACUUGGUGCUGCCAAAAGACGAUGAACUCUUGACAAGAAGCUCCCUGUUGAAGGAGAGGCGCUUGUGGAAAGUCACUGUUUACAGGAAAAGGGAACCAUUUCUUUGAAAUGUUGCCUUAUUGUAUGAAAACAACCAGUUUUAUCAUCAUCUCCACAUUUAGACAUAAACCUUUACCUGGACUUAAUAAAACCUAUUAAUCUGCAGGUCUAUUAUCAACCGUACACUCUUUGGAGAUACAUUUUCGCAUCACUGACCAAAUAUCUUCAUAUUUACAGGGAGAAAUGGCUCCAAUCAGGACUGCUUUUUCAUGCUCUGAUCAGGAGGCUGCACCUGGAGAAUAAGCAAAUAUACUGGCCUUGUAAGCUGUUUACAAAGUGAAAAUAAAUGCUCCACUUUUACUCUUGUUUACAUGCAACCAUGCAUUGUCUGAUUAACACAAGCCAUGCAAAUGUGCCACCCAUUUCCUAGAGCACUUGUGCAGUGGUUCAUUCAGUCACUUUUAUCACCUUUCUUCUCGGAUGCUGCAGUUUGAACUUCAUCACAUGGUCUUGACCAUGUCUACAUGUCGAAGUGCACUGGCUGCUGACAUGUGAUUACCUGAUUAGACAUUUGCAUUAAUUAAAAGGUGUACCUAAUAAAGGGGUUGGUACAUUUUCAUUAACUUUUGAAAAAUGAUGAGGCAAUUAUAAUUGUCAAAUGCCAGACAGUGAAAGUAAAGUUGUUGGUCAGGAAGAGAGCUAGGGUGUCUUCUGUGGUAUAAAUGUUACACAUCAUAGUGACAUUAACCCUUGACCUCUAAAAUCUAAUCUAAGUUAAUCCUUGAGUCUUGGCAGACAUUUGUGCAAAGUUUGAAGAAAAAAUCCCGUAAAGCCUUGCUUCUCAACUGGUGGAUCGGGACCCAAAAGUGAGUUGUGAAGCCAUUUUCAGUGUCAUAAUGUGUGCCAGAAAAAUGUGGAAAGUUUGAAAUGCUUUCAUUUUGAAGCACAUGUCUUUGUUUCAUCCCAAGUCCAAACUGCCCCAUUUCUCAUUCAUUUCAUUUUUGGGUGCUCAGGUAUCCUGGUGGUCAGGUCACACCCCAUGUGCAUGGACGGCCCAGGUUGAAGUCCAGCCUGUGGCUCCAUGGGCGUAGGAUGAGUGGGGGGAGGGUACUGAUUACCAAGGUCCACAAUAGGGGAGGGGCCAUUGAAUGCCUGCAAUGAAAUUUUUUUUCUCUGAUGUCUCCACCACUCUCUCAUCCCUGUUUCUGAUUCUAUCCGCUGUGCUUAGUUCAGUUUUUGGACACUUCAGUACAUGCAGUUGUGAAGAUGAGGAUUGUAUUUUUAUUUCAUUACUAUUAAGUAGAUAAUAUUCAUCAAAACUUUUCAAAACAAGCUCUACUUAGUUUAUACCACUCCUAUUCUAAAUGUAUUAUCACUUUGUUACUACACCAAACAAAACAACAGUAUCAAUAGUUGUUUCAGUAAGUACUCUGAACAAUAUGGGCAUCAAUAUUAAAAAAAAAAUCAUCAUUUCCACCCCUAGUCCUGAUGUAAGACCAGUUGAGAACCACCACCUUUAAGCAUUUUUGACAAACAAGGGACGUGCACAAGCCCUAUUACCUUUGACUUCUAUAAUGUAUUCAGUUCAUCCUUGUGUCAGGAUGAAAAAAAUCCUUGAAAAUGCUCUUAAAGGUGCAGUGUGUAAUAUUUAGCCUAUUAGCAUUUAGCAAAACAAGCUUGGU